CGCGCGCCCGCCCGGGGCCGCAGACGGCGCGCCGCGCAGCCCAGCCGAGCCUCGCGGGGCCGCCGCCAGCCCUGCCGGCCGUCUCCCCGAGCCUCCCGGGGCCGCCGGGCCUGCCACCGCUGCGGCCCGCAGACAGCUCCGCAGGACCCGGCGGGCGCGCCGCGCUCCUCGUUGCCGCCGCUGCCGCACGCGUGUUCUAGGGCUCGGCAGGCCGCGGGCAUGAUGCUCCGGGUGCUGGUGGGGGCGGUCCUCCCCGCCGUGCUGCUGGCCGCUCCACCGCCCAUCAACAAGCUGGCACUGUUUCCCGACAAGAGCGCCUGGUGCGAGGCCAAGAACAUCACCCAGAUCGUGGGCCACAGCGGCUGCGAGGCCAAGUCCAUCCAGAACAGGGCGUGUCUAGGACAGUGCUUCAGCUACAGUGUUCCCAACACCUUCCCGCAGUCUACCGAGUCCCUGGUGCACUGCGACUCCUGCAUGCCGGCCCAGUCCAUGUGGGAGAUUGUAACAUUGGAGUGCCCUGGGCAUGAGGAGGUGCCCAGGGUGGACAAGCUGGUGGAGAAGAUCCUGCAUUGCAGCUGCCAGGCAUGUGGCAAGGAGCCGAGUCACGAGGGCCUGAGUGUCUACGUGCAGGGUGAGGAUGGCCCCGGCUCCCAGCCGGGCACCCAUCCCCACCCCCACCCUCACCCCCACCCUGGUGGGCAGGCGCCUGAACCCGAGGAACCCCCGGGGCACCCCCACACCGAGGAAGACGGGGCUGAGGACUGAGGCCCUCGACUCUUCCUCCCCGCUCGUCCCCCAUGGAAUGCUGGGGGAAGUGUGUGGGGAGAGGCUGAAGCCCCCCUUUGGCACUGGAUGGACUUGGAUUCAGACUUGGACUUGGAAUGCUUCCCGGUUGCCAUGGAGAUCUGCAGGGAGGGGUGGGAGCCAAACUGCACAAUUUAAUAUAUUCAAGAGUGGGAGGAGGAAGCAGAGGUCUUCAGGGUUCUUUUUCGGAUGGGGGUUCUCUUCCUUUCUGCCUCCUAGAGAUCUGCCCUUGGGAAGGGGAGGAAGCUGGCUAAGCUGCUGAGGUGGGGAGCGAAGCCAUCCAAGAUGGCGGGAGCCAGGCUAAGGCCCAUUCGGCCUCUGGUGGGGCAGGGCCCCUGGGGCACCGUGGUGGAGCUGGGCCCUGAGCUGAGGGUGGGUACCUUGCCAGCAGCGUCUGGGCUAAGAAGACCACGGGCUGAAGCAGGGAGCUCCAGCCCCACAGGCUUCUCCAAAGGCCUCCUGCCCCACUCCCAUGCCAGGGCAGCUUCUCCCCAUGGCCCUGACGUGCCCCCCUCCAUGGUCAAGAGUCAGGCCUGGGCAGGACCCUGCUGACUCACGGCCCUGGAGCCAGGGGCUAGGUUCUUUGGGCCUCCGGCCUUCUUGGCUUUCCAGGGGGUGGAGGAAGGCAAGAGAGGACCCCUCCUAGGCCAGGGGUUGGGAAUGACCCCCUUUCCCCCAAAUCAUCACAAAGAGCAUCCCUCCCUCCUCAUCUCUGAGAUCUUAGUGCCUUCCACCACCCCCAAGUUCUAGGCCCCUCAGAAAGCCGAUGGAGCCAGCCUCACCCUGUUGGGGGAACUCUUUCUAAAUAUCUGAUGUUGGGGAGGGGCCUCCCUUACUCGGAUUCCAAGGAGGGACCUGGGUGGGAUGGACUCUGGCUGGACCUCGAGAACCGAGGAGGAGGUGCGAGGACUUCCGUGGGUGGCGUGGUCACUCUGGCUGCCCGGCUGCCCGAUGCCACCUGCCUCCCCCUCCCACUGCACUUUAACCCUGGAGGGGGUGCGGGGUCCUGAGCGGGGCAGGGAAGCACUGCCUGGGUCCGCUGUUUGGUCCCCAGCAGCC